AGCGUCCUGUCCAGGCUGACUGUCACUGGGGGGAAAAUGGCCGCUCGACGUGAUUCUAUUCACCGACACUGAGAACUCUAAAGUACAGAAAACUCUACAGUCCGAGCUGGAACUAUUGAUACAAACCCAACCUCAACACGGGGGAGUUUUUAACUGAAUAAUGUCUCGCUGGGUGCCUACGAAGAAGGAGAAGUACGGAGUUGCAAUCUACAAUUACGAUGUCCGUGGAGACGAGGAGCUGUCGCUACAGGUUGGAGACACAGUCCACAUACUAGAGACAUAUGAAGGCUGGUACAGAGGUCACAGGCUGAGGAGGAAGUCCAACAAAUUCCAGGGGAUCUUUCCUGCCUGUUACAUUCACCUCAAGGAGGCCACCGUUGAAGGCAAUGGGCACAAGGAGACGGUGAUUCCCAACGAGCUGCCUCUGGUCCAGGAGGUCACCACCACCCUGCGGGAGUGGGCUUCCAUAUGGAGAGACCUCUACGUGGUGAGUGGAGGGGACAGGCGUGAGAUGUUUAACUCUGUCAGGGACAUGAUCUAUGACCUGAUCGAGUGGCGAUCUCAGAUCCUGUCAGGGACCCUCCCACAAGACGAGCUGACUGAGCUAAAACAGAGAGUCACCUCUAAGAUCGACUACGGGAACAAGUAAGGAACUGCUGUGUCUCUCUCUCUCCCUCCAUCUCUCU